CCGUGCCUGUCGCCCUGCCCCGCGGGAGGGGCGGCGGUGCCGAGGGUAUUUAUAGCGGGCCCGGCAGCUGCCGGGGCUGCGGCGCGGCCAGGGCACAGCGGGAGCGGCCCGCGCUCCUCUCCGGUCCCAGCGCGACGCCGAGAUGGAGGUUGGUGUUGGCAAGCAGGAGAUGCUCCAGAAGAAGAGUGCUGUUUUGGUGGAUGGGGUCAUCCUAAAUGGUCCAAUAAUGGACUCAAAAGCAGGAGAGAAGUUUGUGGAAGAGGCCUGUAAGAUUAUAAUGGAAGAAGUUGUCCAGAAAGCGGAUGAUGUAACAGAAAAGGUCUGUGAAUGGCAAGCCCCUGAAAAGCUUAAGCAGAUUCUUGACCUGGAAAUGAGGGACACCGGAGAAUGUCAUCAGAAGAUCCUGCAGCUCUGCCGUGAUGUCAUAAAAUACAGCGUCAAAACCAAUCACCCGAGAUUUUUCAAUCAGCUGUAUGCUGGAAUAGAUUAUUACUCGUUAGUGGCUCGUUUCAUUACAGAAGCACUGAACCCCAGUGUAUACACAUAUGAAGUAUCCCCUGUGUUUCUGUUGGUGGAAGAAGCAGUCAUCAAGAAAAUGAUUGAGUUCAUAGGCUGGGAAGAAGGGGAUGGUAUAUUUAAUCCAGGUGGCUCUGUUUCUAAUAUGUAUGCCAUGAACCUAGCAAGGUACAGAUUUUGCCCUGAGAUAAAGGAGAAAGGGCUUUCAGGUCUGCCAAGACUAGUUCUGUUCGCUUCGGAAGAGUGCCAUUACUCCAUGAAGAAGGCAGCCUCCUUUCUGGGUAUUGGUACAGAGAACGUGUACUUCAUCAAAACAGAUGAAAGAGGUAAGAUGAUACCUGAGGAACUGGAGAAACAAGUCCAGCGGGCCAGGAAAGAGGGGUCAGCACCAUUUCUUGUCUGUGCUACAGCAGGCACAACCGUACUGGGAGCAUUUGAUCCUCUGGAUGAAAUUGCUGAUAUCUGCGAAAAUCAUGGCCUCUGGCUUCAUGUUGAUGCUUCUUGGGGUGGCUCAGCUUUGAUAUCAAGGAAGCAUCGCAGACUUCUUCACGGUAUCCAUAGGGCUGAUUCUGUUGCCUGGAAUCCCCAUAAAAUGCUGUUGGCAGGAAUCCAGUGCUGUGCUCUUCUGGUGAAAGACAACUCUGGCCUCCUGAAGAAGUGUUACUCUGCCGAGGCUGCGUACCUGUUCCAGCAGGACAAGUUCUAUGAUGUCAGCUAUGACACUGGUGACAAGUCCAUUCAGUGCAGCAGGCGCCCGGACGCGUUCAAGUUCUGGCUGAUGUGGAAAGCAUUGGGAACUACGGGCCUUGAGGAGAGAGUAAACAGGGCACUGGCUUUGGCAAGAUAUCUAGUGGAGGAAAUUAAAAAAAGAGAGGGAUUCCAGCUUCUUUUGGAGCCGGAGUAUGCAAACGUCUGCUUCUGGUACAUUCCACCGAGCUUAAGAAAAAUGGAGGAGGGACCUGAAUUUUGGCAAAAGCUGCACCAGGUUGCUCCUAUAAUUAAGGAGAGGAUGAUGAAGAAGGGCAGCAUGAUGCUUGGGUACCAGCCUCACUGGGGCAAAGUCAACUUCUUCCGCCAGGUGGUUAUCAGCCCGCAAGUUAGCCGAGAGGACAUGGACUUCCUGCUGGAUGAAAUUGAGCUUCUUGCUAAGGACUUGUAGCCGUGGCUCCACAGCAUCAGGUGCUGCUCAUGUGUGAUAUUCAUGGAGGGAGAGUUGCAGCAGCAUUCUGGUGAUAUUUCGUGGAAGGUAGUAAAAAGCUUGACAUAUAGUUUGGAAACUGUCAUUUUAUAAAUUGGUGUUGAAAACUUUGCAGGUAGAACACCCCUUCACAGGAAAGUAUUUGCUGACGGGGGCUGGGGGCAGGCUGGUGCGUCCAGCACUAUUGCUGCCAUUUUGGGAAGUGUUUCCUCAAGAAGGCAGCACUUCUGAAAAUGGUGUCUAUGUCCCAGGAAAGGCAGCUAUUGGCUGGGUGCCUGUGCACAGUGUAGCUCAAACUGGUCACUUAUGCAUGCAGGCAAAAUUCCUCAGAAAUUGCUAUUACGAAUGAAUUUGUCAGUGAGCCUUAAGAUGUUAGUUAAUUCCCUUAUCUACUCUGUCAAUAUUUUAGUUUGCUUAUUAACAUGAUAAGACUGGAAAUUGUGAAUUUAUGUGAAAUGAGCUCCUCAAGGCCACCUAACUGGGUGGAUUGCCCAGGUUUUCUGCUGUGAGCACAGGCAGACUGUACAGUGAGGCUCAGUGCAGUCAUCACAGUUGGGAGGUUUGCAGCAACUUCCUGCACAAAGCCCUGAGUAACCAAUAUUGGCGCUGCUGGGGGAAGGUUGAAGAGAUCACCUUUUAAGGUCCCUCCCAAGCCACGGGGUUUUGUGAUUCCAUGAAACACAGUCAUUUGGUCCAGACAGUAUUUGCCAGGGUUGUCCACCCAAAAUAUCACCACUUUAGGAGAGCUGAAAAUAUUGGAAUACCGUUUAGAACUUCUUACUUCUUUGUUAACUGGAGUUACCUGUCAUUUCUGAACUGCUGUUCACCUUCAUCUAUUUUUAAAGUGUAAAGAUUUAUUUAAAAGCUUUUAGAUGCACUUUAAAUUUUUAACAGAGAAAAAAAAUAUAUUUACCCAGAAGAUACCUAUUUUUAUGCAUGGUGACUUUAUAUUAAUAAUAUAGCAAAAUUGCUUAUUUUUCGUUGUUUGUUUGUAGUUUCCUACAGAUUUGAGAUGACUUGAUUUUAUGUUAUCAGUGUGUAAUUUGUAAUUUUACUCUGAAAUUACAGUAGCGGUGAUCAGAGAAGGUCUUCCCAUGGUUUUAGGAAAUGAAAAGUUUGAAUGUUUUUGGUCAGUCUUAAGUUUCAAAAUUAAAUUCUGCACUUUGUGUUAAGAAAUAGACUAUAUUUUUCAUCUGUUUUUUAUUCCAUAAAAAUUAUCCAUUUUAUAAAGAUAGAAAUUUAUUUCUUGUGAGGAAGUUGUUGCAUCAAACUAAUGGAAAUAGCCAUGUCUUUUACCUUGUAAUCAGCAUCUGCUCAAUGUUAGUGUUUUGCUGUUUGUUCCUUACUCUGUGUUUGAGGUAGCACUAGCCAGUAUGAACCUUUCUGCUGUAAUGCUUUCUGUCCUCCUGAAAGCUGUUGUCAAGCACAAAGCUUCCCUUUUCACUUCCUAUACUGUAUAUCAUUGCAGGAAAUUCCUACUUCGAGUCUGCAGGAGGAUGGUGUGCAAAGCUUAACAAGGUCAUGAUAACCAAGGAGGUCACACUGUCAGAGCAGUAGUUAAGAGCCAGGGUCACCUGCAGCCCUUGACAAGUGCCUUUAACAGAAGUGGAUAUAUUGUACUGUCAUAGUGAUCCACCAGACUUUAAGCAAGACCCAUGUUGAUAAUAAAAUGAGUAUCACAACAGGGUCCCUGGGUUUUGCUCUUCAAUACUCACAAAUCAUUACAUCAUUUAUUGAUGGAGUGUGUUUCUGGCUAUACCAGUUAUCCUAAUCUUGGAGAGCUAAAAUUCAGGGCUCAUAAGGCUUUUUUUUUUUGCCUCCCAGUCACUCAGGGUGCAAGGCAGAAUGCACAAGGAGUGUUGCAUGAAGGGGACAACUUUGCUCUUUCAUCUUGACUUAGACAGGACCAUUACCCCUUCUCCUUCUCUUUUUUUGACCUUGAAAGGAAAGACAGAAUACAGUGUCAGGAUGUUUUGUUUGUGGUUGAGAUUCUUGGUGAGUUCUUGAUUUUUUGGUUCAUGGAGAAGUUGUGACACCUUUCAUCAGCUAAGAAUUUGGUCUGUGAUGUUUUGUGACACCACCACUAUCAAAAAGGUGUUACGGUCUUGUUUCUCUCCAUGUUCUUAGUGGUCUUCUCUGUUUCCAGACACUGUGACACUUAUGGCAUGUGUCAGGUGGAAGUAACACAGUUCCUUUCUGUAGCAGUAGUGGCUGUAGUAUUUUUAAAUGAGAGUAAACUGGAACUUUUUUCAUAGUUGCAGAAAAUAAGUCUCUGAUCAACAUGUGCACUGAUUUCUUUGAAGCUAUAGGUUAACCUUCCAGUGUGAUGUGAGUACCUUAUCCAAUUUCCAUGUAUUUUUUAUUGUUUCUGACAUCUUACCAUGUCCCAGGUGCACAAUAUGAUGGUUUCAUUUCAGGACUAAUGUAAUUUUGUCAUAGUUGCUUAUGUAGGAGUACUAUGUACAAAAUGUCUAUUUUGUAGCUGGUGAUUUUAAUAAAAAGUGAAGUAAAUGACACCCUUAUAAACACAGGCUGUCUUUGUCAUUUGUCAAUCUAAAACUCUGUAUACAAACAUAGAAGGUACCUCUAAGCACUCCAGAUAAAUAGCACUUCAGCUUUAAAAUGUGAAACCUAGCUUAACCCUGCUUCAGGAUGUAGUUUAUCUGUGUGCUAUGCCUACAAAAUCUUUAAUAAACAUUUUGAGUGAAAAUAUGUCAUGAUUUAUCCUACUCUGCUUCCAAAUGCAGAAGAUAAAUUGUCUGUGCAAUAAGAUAUUUAAUUUUUAUUAUUUUUUUGCUAUUCUAGCUAGUUGGGAUUGACCCUCUCCUAGUUACUGGCAAGCUCCAUCACUCAGGAUGCUAAACAAAGUUCUGAAGUAGUGAGGUACCUGCAUAAAUUGGUGUAGAAGCUGAACCAUUUGUUGCCUGUAAUUUCUUGUGUCUACCUCUAAUAAUUUUUUCAAUAGAAGAGGAAAGAAAUAUUUAGACAGAAGGGAUACAGAGGCAGAUUUUACUCUUAGUUGUGUGGCUGCAUCUUGUGAGAACUUCGGGCAUUUUGUGAGGGGUCCAUGUGCAAAAUCACCCACAUAAAUCAUUGUGCCUAGAGCCAGCAGUCCCUGUCUCAGGACUUCUAUUAUGAUUUUCUGUGAUAAAUGAGCACUAAUCAUCUGAGUCUGCUUACAUAUGAUUUUAGUGCUUCUAACUCCCACUGAUUCAACUGGAAACCCUUGCUGGAUUGGACCCUGAGUCUUAUCACUGGGAUCUCUCAUUUCAGCACCAGUUUGGCACUCUGAACACCUCAAAUUAUCUGCUCUAUGUUCAUGCCUAGAGAUUCAGAUUUAUCUUUAUUUUUGUGAAUUGAAAUGUACUUUCAUUUGUAUCCUUAAGUGAUGCUUUAAGAUGCUUUUCAAAUAUUGUUUGACCUGUCCUUAAAGGACAAGAAAUGACCUUUAAGAAAAGCCUAGUAGAACUGGUAGAGUUGCCUUCCCAGAAAGCCAAGUAAGAGUAUGUAAAAACCUGUGAUAUGCCUGAG